CUCUCUCUCUCUCUCUCUCUCUCUCUCUCUCUCUCUCUCUCUCUCUCUCUCUCUCUUACUCUCUCUUUCUCUUUCUGAAAUUGGAGGCUCUGUUGGUCCUGAUAAUAAGGUUGGACUGGGAGUAGAAGCCCAAAUAGGAGAAAACAUUGAUUUUCUUUUUAUCUUCUCAGUGCUUUCAAUGAAGAGGAAAAGCUUUCAAUGGAGUACAGAGAGAGAAAAAGGAGAGAGGAAUCAAAAGAUGCUAUCUUUUUCUUGUCUAUGCUUUCCACUUUAAGUUUUUCUGUUGUGUGCUCCAAGCCUUAGACCCUGACCAGAUAAAGCAGGGGGUUAUCACCUGUCAAUAGUUGGCUCUGUUCUUGGGAUCUCUGAAACCAAUGCACAGCUCCUUUUCAAACUCUGUUUGCUUCAAGCUGGGAAAUUGUAUAAUAUAUACCAAGCCCGCUCCUUUUUGAGAAGAAAUGAACUCAAGAGCUCAACACUUCAUUGAUCAUUGAUUACCUUGUUGCUUUCGAAGAAGAAGAAAGAUGGAUUUUGGUAAGAAGAGAAAGCUUGGAGUAGAGAACAGGAGUGUAGAAGCUUUGAACUGUCACACUUCAAGCUUUGCUAAUACAGAUUGGCAUCAGCUUAGUUCAUCUCUAUCCAGCUGGAACCAGCCAUCUGAUACGCACACUUUAAGCUUUCCCAAGGCGGCAAAUGCAUCUUCUUCUACCAUUGGAAAACCAGUUCCUUUGAACUGGAACCUUUCAGAUUCAGUAGAGAAGGAAGAAAUAUACUUGAGCACGGGCCCAGGAUUACUUCCUCUUAGCCUCUCUAACUUCUCUUCUGAUACUGAAUUCAUUGAGAGAUCUGCACGGUUCUCUUGCUUUGUCUCCAACGAGUCGAAUGCUAUUGCUGAAACUCAAAUGCAGAUGGAUAUUGCAGGAAAGACUGAAGCUUUGAAAGACAAAUCUAAACUGAAUUAUCACAGCUCUAAUAGUGGGAGUUCAAAGAAAGAUCAAUCAGAACUGGAGUCGCCUAUCACAAAGAAAAGGAAAAGCAAGCAGGAGAUGGAGUUACAUAAAUCACAAGAUACUGCUCAAUUGCCAUCUGAUGUUGCCAAGAAUGUUGUUGAUAGUAAACAGAAGGCAGAGAAGAACAGCUUAAUAAUGGCUACAGUGAAGCCUUCAGGGAAGAAUUCAAAAGUGGCUGGAGAAGCUCAAAAAGAAGAUUACAUCCAUGUGAGAGCUCGCCGAGGACAAGCUACUAAUAGCCACAGUCUUGCAGAAAGAGUAAGAAGAGAAAAGAUUAGCGAAAGGAUGAAGUUUCUUCAAGAUCUUGUUCCUGGUUGCAGUAAAAUUACAGGAAAAGCAGUUAUGCUUGAUGAGAUAAUCAACUAUGUACAAUCACUGCAACGACAAGUUGAGUUUUUGUCAAUGAAGCUUGCAGCUGUGAACCCAAGAUUGGACUUCAACAUAGAAGGCAUUCUGUCUAAAGACUUGUUUCAAACCAGGAGCGGUCCUUCAUCUGCCAUUGGAUUUUCACAUGAUAUGAUUAAUCAUCAAUUGCAUUCACUUCAUCAAAAUAUUAUUCAAGUUGGGAUGCCUGGAGUCAUGAAUCCUACAGAGGUAUUUAGAAGAGAGCUAAAUGUUCAAUUGCCUUCAACAAGUACAUUUAAAGAAGCUGCACAGCAGAUGCCUAAUGCGUGGGAUGAUGAUCUCCAAAACAUUAUUCAAAUGACAUAUGGCAACAGUACUCCACUCAAAACCCAAGAUUUGAAUGGCACACCUCACGACUUAUUUCCCUUGUGAAACAAAAUCAAGGAAUUUCGUGCGCUUUCUACCAUGGAUGUCCAGCUCACUCAUAUCCCGAUCCGGAGACACCAAAAUUAUUUGAGAAUUUCAAAAGUUCAUGUAGAAGAUCCAGCAUCCCUUGGUAUAAAAUGUUGAACCCAUAGCUAAUUUAAGCUUCGUUUGGGACUGCUUUCUUCUUGCUUUUCAAAACAACUUUCUAGUACAAAAAUUUUUUGAAUUUGAAAUUUUUAAGCUAGAAAGCCGUUUUAAAAAGCAGUAUAAAAGCUGUCUCAAACGAAACCUUAGUUUGCUUCUAGUUUAGCAGAUCAGUGGCCGCUUGGCUAUAUGAUAAAACUCAGUUGUUUUCUUAUUUGGAGAAUGCUACAUAAGAAUCUGAUGAUGUCUAUCAGAAAUCUAGCAGUUGGGUCUGUUAAAAAUUUGCUUGCAAGCCUUUUUAUAUUACAUGUUUAUUCUCUUUUUCCUCUUCACAAUUGCAGGAAAUGAAUGCUGUAUCGUUGCAGUACUAUUACAGAAAGUAAAAUAAUAUUUCAGUUUUUUCC